AUCUGUCAGAAGUUGAGAGUUUUGUGUGCGAUCGAGUUGUGAUUGAGUGAUCUUGAAGGUGCGCACCUUAUUUUUUUUUAAUUGAUCGUAAUUUCUCUUCCACGAUUAGCAGCUGAAUACAUUCAUUGAACAAAGAGACAGAGGAUUAAGAGAUUUUCGCAAAAGAUCGCAAAGAUGACAAAUAGGGAUCAUCUUGUGUGGAUUGGGAUCACUUCGGUGGUUCUGUUGGGUGUUUGUGUGCACCUCUCGUACAGCUGCAAUGAGAUGGUUUGUGCCUCAGUCGUGUCAAAGUGCAUGCUAACGCAGAGCUGCAAAUGUGACCUGAAGAACUGCAGCUGCUGCAAGGAGUGCUUCAACUGCCUCUCCUACCUGUACAGCGAAUGCUGCAGCUGCGUGGAGAUGUGCCCGAAGCCCAAUGAGACCAAGAAUGCCCUGUCCAAGAAGUCUCACGUUGAGGAACUCGAAGGCGUCCCCGGGCUCUUCAAUGCCCUCACCGAUGAGGCGGAUAUCGACGAGAAGUGGACCAUUUUCACCUUCCCCGUGGACUUUGAUGCAGCCCUCUACGGGGCCAAAUUGGAUCGUGAGCACACCUUCUACGUUCACAGCUCAGAGCAGGAUCUCGAGUCCGUUGCAAAGACCGAGAAGAACAUCGUGACGCUCAAUUGCACUGUUGCCUACCUGUCUCAGUGUAUGUCCUGGAAUAAGUGCAAGGAUCACUGCAACAGCAUGGGGGCUACCAGCUACAGAUGGUUCCAUGAUGGAUGCUGCGAAUGCGUGGGAUCGACGUGCAUCAACUAUGGAAUCAACGAGAGCCGAUGCCUGAUGUGCCCGGAGAGUAAGGAGGAUGACUUUGAGGAGAUGCCGAGUGAGGAUGAACUGGACUAUGGGGAGGGAAUGGGACCCAUUGAUGGUACCCUUGAGAAUAACAUGUAAGGAGGCGCUCCCCAUGCGCUGCUCUUCCAAGAAUACUCUUGCCACGAACAAAUCUCCCCCGCAAAGGGGGGCGCGCCCCCUUUUGCACAACAAACUAAAAAAAAUCUCUUUACUUAUUCAAACGACAACGAGUAAAAGCAAGGAAGUACUUUUGGAAAUCAACGUACUUGAAAAUGUAAUUUUUCUCUCUUUUUUUUGUGGAAAUUACUUUCGUAAAACUAAACUUAAGUAAAUUAUGUGCCUUCACUAAGUGCCUAUAUAGCUGUAGGUUGUUAAGAUUACGAUGUAGUAUUUUUUUCUGUGGAUAAAAGCUCCCACGAGAGCUUUUAGUUGAAGGAAAGUGAGUAUUUUUGAACGAUUCCGGGCCAUUUUUUAUCAAUGUAAAUGAUUUUUAAUUUUAUGUCCUCAAAUAAAUCAUAAUAUGUAUGAUGGGUUCA